AUGACCAUUGUUGCUGAAGACCCACAGUAUGAGGACAUUUUGGAGAAUGACAAAUUCCAUUACUGUCACGAGAAGUGGCCAUUUUGCAGAGGCCCGACAGCAGUAGAGACUGAAGGUAAAGGCGGCACAGUGGUUGGUGGCACCCCGCUGCUCUCCGCCCACCCGCAGCACACCAGCACGGCUGCCGCAACCUCACCGGGUGGCGGCCACUGCGAGGACGACAUUGUGGUGUCGGACACGAUGACACUGUCAGGUGAUGCUGCUACUCUGACCUCCCCCUCCGAUGACAGCGGCAUCAGCUGCAUCGACAGCACCAGUAAUGGCACGGGAGGAGCCACCGUGGGCAGUUCUGGAAAUGGAACAGAGGAGUUGCAGCUGUCUGGUGAUAGCAGCUCGGUCACUACUUCCGACAGAAAGCCACCGUUCAGCUACGAGGAACUGACUGCUAUGGCCAUUGUGAAGUCGCCACAGAGGAGGGCAACGGUGGCUGAGAUCGUCACCUACAUCGCGAGCCGCUUCCCUUUCUUCAAGCGCAGUGAGAAGAGCUGGCAGAGCUCGAUACAGUGCAAACUGUACUUCAGCAAGUACUUCCUCAAAGUGCCGCUGGAGAGCAGGAACUGCAAGGGCAAGCGCUUCAACUACUGGAUGCUCGACCCACAAUACGGAAACACGUUUGAUGACAGCAACUUCUUUCGGCAACAGUGUGUGGAGCAGCCCUUCUUCAGGAGCCGCGGCUCUGAGGCCGGAGACGUCGCCGUCGGAAGUGGUGCCACGUCAUCACCUGCCUACCCACAACUUACCAGGUAUGAGCACAGGUAUAGUUCUUUGUUGAUUCAGCAGAGUGUAUUUUAG